CUGAGAAUCAGCUGCACAACCGCUGAACUUCAGCCUGAAAGCUCCUGACGAGUUGCAUUUUAAUACUUGGAUACAUGUAUGUCUGUUAAACAUUAACAUGCAGGACACGAGUGAAGUGAACUGUGGCUGGAUGUGGCUUAAAGCUGGACCUGUUUGUAUCUCUGCAGUCGGAGGAUACAUGUCAGCAUGGCCAACUUCGCAGAGAUCCUGAAGGAGAUAGGGGAGUUUGGUUUGUUCCAGAAGCGGCUGGUGUGUGCGUUAUGUCUCCCCAGUAUAUUUGUGGCUUUCGAUGUGAUAGGCCAGGUGUUUCUAAGCGUGAGCUACCCACAUCACUGCAACACCAACUGGAUCUUGGAGCGUGGGCCCAACCUGACGGCUGACAGACAAAAAAAUCUCACUAUUCCCGUCAACAAGGAUGGGAUGUUUGAAAGCUGUACGAUGUUCACCCCUGUGGAUUUGGAUUUGGCAGACAUUGAAACAUAUGGGCUCAACAAGACAACAGAGUGUAUCAAUGGAUCUGUUUUUGAGAAAGUCCAAGGUGCCUCCACCAUCGUGACAGAGUUUGACCUGGUGUGUGGUAGAAGUGAUUUAAUCGAGGCGUCCCAGUCCAUCUACAUGGCUGGACUCCUGAUCGGGGCGUUGGUUUUGGGGGUGACGGCCGACAGGUUUGGUCGACGCUUCGUGGUCCUGCUGUCGAAGCUCCUACUGCUGUUAUUUGGAGUUGGUGUUGCUUUCUCCCCCAACAUCUACGUUUACAUUGCCUUAAAAUUUGUGUGUGGUUUCUCAGUUUCAGGAAUUCUUGCAAAUGCAUUUGUCAUAGGUGGAGAAUGGAGCGAUUCCUCUAAAUUUGCUCUCUGCACUACCAUCUGCCACGUUUUUUUCCCCCUUGGACUGAUAAUGUUGUCCGGCAUCGCCUAUUUGAUCCGCAACUGGAGGAUCCUGCAGCUGGUGCUCUUCUGCCCUCUUGUCAUUGUCCUGGGAAUCUUUUACUGGGUUCUCCCAGAGUCAGCUCGCUGGCUCCUUACCCAGGGCAAAAAGGAGCAGGCCAUUAAAGAGAUCCAGAGGGCAGCCAGGGUCAAUAAGAGGAGCAUCUCAGAAGACCUGUUGAACAAGCUGGAUGGAGAAUGUUCAUCAAAAGGAGGGAAAAUACUGGACAUCUUUGAAAUACCAUAUCUGAGAAAACGCAUCGCCAUAAUGAGCUUCACCUGGUUUGGAACUAGUCUGAUGUACUACGGUUUCAGCCUGAAUGUUGGCAACUUCGGCCUGGAUAUCUAUCUCACCCAGUUCAUCUUUGGACUGGUGGAGCUUCCUGCACGUCUGGGCUGUUUGCCACUUAUUCAGUACUUUGGGAGGAGAGUAUGUCAGGCUGGUUUCCUCUUAUUUGGAGGUGCUGCUUGUCUUGGGAUCCUUGCUGUUCCCAGAGACCUUCCUGUAGUGAUUACAGUCAUAGCUGUACUGGGGAAAUUUGCUGCCACUGCCUGUUUCUCCCUUGUCUAUAUCUAUGCUGCAGAACUAUACCCUACAGUACUAAGGCAGAAGGGUUUAGGUCUGAACGCUAUGUGCGCUCGAGUGGCGGGCAUCCUGGCUCCACUGAUCAGGCUCCUGGACGUCUACCACUUCACCAUCCCCAUGCUGAUCUACGGCAUCAUCCCCAUCAUAUCUGGACUUGUGUGUCUGCUACUGCCGGAGACCCGCAAUGUUGAACUCCAGGACCAUGCAGAAGUCACAAAACAUCAGAGUGGAACUGACAUGAAGGAAAAGACAGGGAAGGGUACCAAACUGUGAAUUCUAAUGGUUUUAAGAUCAUGUGCUUGCCCUGAAGUGAAGUCAUUUACUUUACUUAAGGUUUUUUCUGUCAUUACAUCACUUUUUAGUAAUUUAUAACUGGGAUUUAUAUGUAUUUAAAUUAUAUUUGUUUCUU